GGUUGACUUUGACCUCAGGUAAGGCGCCUAAUUCAGUAGAAGUGGAGGCCUAUUGCAGCCUGGCAAGCCUGGUCAGCACCACAGAUAACCGCAUCGAUGCUUCCAGGGGAAGUUUCAGAAGGGCCCACUCACGCGCGCGCACAACACGCAAAGCAGCAGCUGCCGCCCCAAAGGUUACCCCGCAAUACAUCAUCUCCAAUCCCACCUGCAGCUGGUUGAGCUCUUGUGCAGGCAAGUAAGCAGGCAGCCAUCACCCACAAAGUCUCUCUACACCAGACAGCUGGAGCUUUCAUCCAACCUUUGUCAUCGCUUUCCUCACUUUUCAGAGGUUAUCAGAAAAUCAUCAUUCUCCGCCCUACUGGCAUCGAUAAUAAGUUUCGUAUACUUUUCGCUGUACGAGUACCCAGAAAUCUUGCUCACAGUCCACCAAAACAACAGCUAUACUGGAGCGUCGACAAAACCAAGGGUUGCAUAUCUAGCUUGAACCGUUACUACAUUCAAUCAUGUCCGGAAAUGAUGAGGCGGCCGCGGCAGGCGUCGCGCCACCUCAGACUCUGCAGUUUGCGCCAUUCGAGUCACAGAUAGAGAUGCCCUUCUACUCCGCUCUCUUCUCUCGCAAGCUAGAUCAUGACAAGCUCGACGACUCGGUGCGCCCCGUUAUUGGCCUCUACCAGCCAAUGUCGGAGAGGCCACCAGCCGAAAGCACAAGAAUGCAAAUACAAGGCGGGGCGUUGUCUAGUUCACAUGUUCCUAUGGGAUAUACUCGCGCAGACGGUAGCAUCAGGAAUUUCAACACCAUAGAAGAUUUCAAGAAGGCAGACAAGGGAGCGAUAUUACGACAGGCUGGAGCUCAGAUCUGGGAUGCUAUCAAAGAUGGCUCCAUAUACGAAAUCCCUUCACUUCUCUCCUCCUUUGCAAUUCUGUCUUAUGCAGAUCUCAAAAAGUACCGUUUCACAUACUGGUUCGCAUACCCUACCCUUCAUUCAGUUCCAGCUUGGAGGCGGGAUGGACCUUUAGCACGCUUCAGUUCUAAGGAGACUACCGCGCUUGUCAAUGAGGUCGGUACUUUUCGCUAUGCGCACGACACCAGGCAGCACGGAUUUUUCCUCGCCAAGAAGGUCCCAUACCGCUCCGGACCCUUCCGAAGGGGUCUGCCGCGUGAUGAUUCGGACGGAGACGACAUUGGCUUCACAUGGAGCAUUGGUGCGUUGGGUGAAUUUGAAAAGGGGUUUUUCAAGGGGAUCAAGGAAGAGGAUCAAUAUAUCGCUUUCGUCGACUCCUCCAGCUACGCCGAGAACCCAUCUUGGCCCCUACGGAACUUGCUUGUUCUGAUUAGGCAGCGCUUCCAGCUCCAAAAGGCCAAUAUAUUGUGCUACCGAGAUACUCAGGCUAGGAGGGAUGAGCCUCGGAGCAUCGUUCUUCCCCUCGCCUCUGAAGGCCCUGCCACGCCACAGACCUCGGAGAUGCCCAAGGUCACAGGCUGGGAGCGUCACCCUAGCAGCAAGUUGCAAGCUCGGGUCAUCAGUCUUGCUGAGUACAUGGACCCGACACGGAUUGCGGAUCAGGCGGUGGACCUGAACCUGAAGCUCAUGAAGUGGCGCAUUUCGCCAAAGCUCGACCUGGAAGCAAUGCGGUCUCUCAAGUGCUUGCUUCUAGGUGCAGGAACGCUCGGGAGCUAUGUUUCACGCAACCUGAUGGGUUGGGGAGUUCGCAAGAUCACUUUUGUCGACUACGGCAACGUAUCUUUCUCCAAUCCUGUCCGUCAACCACUAUUUGAGUUCGAGGACUGCCUCUCUGGUGGUGUACCAAAGGCACCCAAGGCGGCCGAAGCCCUCAAGAAGAUCAAUCCAGGUGUUGAAGCUGAGGGUCAUGUACUCUCUGUGCCGAUGCUUGGCCACCCGGUGCUCAACGAAGCACAAACCAAGGAGGACUUUGAGAAGCUCCAGCAGCUUAUCAAGGCUCACGAUGUCGUUUUCUUGCUGAUGGACACUAGGGAGUCUAGGUGGUUGCCCACGGUCAUGGGUAAAGCCGAGGGCAAGAUCGUCAUGAAUGCGGCCCUUGGUUUCGAUACAUAUGUGGUCAUGCGUCACGGUGCUGCGCCAAAAGAUGGUACCGAGUCGACUCUGGGGUGCUAUUUCUGCAACGACGUUGUGGCACCUUCUGACUCAAUGAAGGACCAGACAUUAGACCAGCAAUGCACGGUAACUCGGCCCGGAGUUGCAGCCAUUGCAUCAGCAAUGCUGGUUGAAAUGCUCACGAGCGUGCUUCAGCACCCGCAGAGGGAACACGCACCGGCUCCCAAGGCCACAGGACCGCCAGGCAACCCAGAGUACCAGCGCGACCCGCCAGACCACGCCCUAGGCAUAGUUCCUCACCAGGUCCGUGGUUUCCUGGCCAACUUCCAGAACAUGAUCAUCAGCGGCGAGUCGUACCCGAACUGCAGUGCGUGCAGUUCGCCCAUUGUCGGCGCGUACAAGUCUGAUGGGUGGGAGUUUGUCAAGAAGGCGCUGUCAGACAAGGAUUACGUGCUGGAGCUGUCUGGCCUGGCCGAGGUGCAGAGGCAGGCUGAGGCCAUGCAGAACGAAGUAGACUGGGACGAGGACGAAGACGUGGCGGCUGCCGAGGAAGGGGAUGGUGAGAUGCUUUAGGUGAGCGGUGUUAGUGCUCAACAGGUUUUUCUGUGAUGCCCUCUCUGUAUUAGUGGUCUGUAUUGACAGCGGUGUUUUGGGAGUGUGGUGAUCGACUGUUUGCUUUCCAUUAGGACUGACGGCGUUAUUGGAUGGGAACGGCGUUGGCUGUUGUAGCCUGGAUGGUUUUGAUGUUAGUUUUGUACAGAACUUGGCUUCUGCUUUGUCAUCAGAGGACAGUGGCUGUGAUUAGCGCUACAAGAGGGGAAUAUUCGUUUGUAUUUCAGCGAGCGAACACGAUUAAACUUUUGUGCGUGCAGAGUAGACUCAACAGACCGAGUUGUUUUUAUAGUGAAAGCUGGAAUGGAAACAUCUCCAAAAGCCAGUGGUUUUCGUUGGGUACAGGAAACUAGAAUAAUUUGUUGCCC